ACUUGCGCAGAACGUGAUGUUUAUAGACGUUUUAGGAAUUGACAAGUAGUGUUUUUCCUUAUAUCAGAAACGAUUGUCCAAUUUUCCCUUGUGAAAUAAAUACAUUGCACUGUUGUUAUCAUGUCGGAAAAUCGCGAAGAGAUUCUUGCAGAUUUCCAGGCCUGCACUGGAAUCGAGGAUGUUGCCGAAGCAAUCUAUCACUUGGACGAAACGAAUUGGGACUUACUCCGUGCAGUCAGUCGAGUCAUGCCACCCGAUAGUCAGUCUUUUCAACCGCGGUCAGACCCCGAUGUUAUGGUAGUGGACGACUACAUAAACGUUCCAUCAAGUCCUAUUGAAACGGCUACUGAUAUGAUGGAAGUGGGCAACAAUGUUGGACACUCAGUGGCCAACAACUUAACCAGUGAACAACCAUCGACUUCUAGAAAUAGUACCGUCAAGAUACUGAAAUUCAAUAUACAAUAUUGCGAUAGAAUUAUUACAAUAGAACUACCAGAAACGGCUACAAUUUAUGACUUAAAGUUGAAAUUAUUUAAUGAAUUGAAAAUUUCGCCCUGUCGUCAGCUUUUGUCAGGAUGGGCUAGGAUGGCCCAAUAUGAGAAUACUCCGUUUUCUGCGUUGCAAUUGCCACAAGAAAGUGCUUUGCUUUUAACACUCAAGCCUGCAGAGGGAGGAUUUACAGCAGAUGAUGAUUUAGAGGUCCAAGAACGAUUAUCGGGAAAAUACACUCUUAAUAUAAAAUGUGAGGAUAAAACGUACAACCUCAAAUAUCCAGGAACUCAAAACAUACUUAAAGUAAAGGCAGACGUUUAUACUUUAACAAAUAUUCAUGUUCGCAAUCAAAUUUGGAGCGGUUGGCCCCCUAAUAUAGACGAUCAAACCAUGUUAGCACUUUCCGGAAUCAAUUACCCUGAACAUGACUUGACAGUAAAACGGUCUUGUUUUGUGAAUCACAAUAAAGAUAAGAAGCAAAACAACACAAAUAUCGUUCAGAUUGACAGUGACGACGAUGAAUUUGAAGACGCCUCAGAAAGUUUCAACGUCGAUGAUGAUUAUUUCGUCGAUAAUAUUCCAUCAAAACGCACCGAACCCUUGAUUCCAGACAAUAUAGAAGAUGAAAUCGUGGGUAGUAUAAGUUUUUCCGAGCAAUUUACAAACAGGUACGGCCCUGUACAUCCCGCUUUUUAUCAAAGUACUUUAGAAGAUGCGAUCAAGGAAGCUUGCCAAAAACCAGCAGCAGAAAGAAAAAUUUUAGCGAUAUACCUUCACCACGACUCCAGCGUGUUAACAAAUGUCUUUUGUACCCAACUUUUAGGCUACGAAAGUGUAAUGCAAAUGUUUGAAACUAAUUUCAUUUUGUGGGGAUGGGAUCUCACGUUCGAAUCAAAUCGUACUCGAUUACAAACAUACGUCAAUAAUGCUUUAGGAGCGACGGCUGCGAUGAGUUUACGCAAUAUUCCAGUCGAUAGACUUCCUGCUUUAGUCCUCAUUAUGAGGAUUCGUUCUUCAACAGAUAUUUUUAGCGUUAUACAUGGCAAUGUGGGAGUCAACGAGCUACUUUCAAGCCUAAUUGAGGCAGUUGAGGUCUUUACAGAACAUCAAAGAGUUGAAAUUGUUGAAGAGAAAGAGAGGGCUGAAAGAGAGUUGGUCAAGUGGGAGCAAGAUGAAGCGUAUCGUGAGAGUUUGGAAGCCGACAGGGCGAAAGAGGAAGCUCGAAGACAGCAAGCUCAAGCCGAAUCGGAAGCUCGACAACGAAUAGAAAACGAAAAAGCUCAAGAACUUGCACGGAAAGAAGCGCAUCGUAAAGAAGUUGAAGCCAGUUUACCAUCAGAGCCGCCUCUAAGUCAGGGUGAUGGAAUAGCCAAAAUCCGCUUUAGAUUACCGAAUGGGUUGAGUAUAGAACGCCGAUUUCAAGCAAAUACUCCUCUGAAAGUCUUGUUUGACUUUUUAACCGUUAAAGGUUUUCCCCGUGAAGAGUAUAAAGUGAUAUCUAGCUGGCCUAGAAGAGAUCUGACUUUGUUAGAUAUAAAUAAUACACUCAAGGAACUCAAAUUGUGUCCCCAAGAAACUGUGAUAUUAGAAGAACGAUAAGUUCGGUCACAUUCCCGUAGAAGGGCUUAGUUGAGGUUACAUUAAACAGAGUCAUGCAUUCAUUUUGUGUUUGUUUUGUUUGGUUUGUGUGUCUAGGGAUCUACUAGUUUUGUUGCUCUUCUCGAUUAAGCUCUAUAUUGUUUUAAUUGGAAGCAUGGUGAGUAUUCUUUGAUCUUGGAAAGCUAACUUUUUGCUAUACCAAAUAUUUUUUGCUGUUGUGAGUUUGGGAAUCGUCGCAAAGUAGAUAUUGUGAUACAAAAAUUCGGGCUGAUUUUUUUACUACAGUAUCAAACAAUUUUUGGAACUAGCUUUAAGACAUUCAUGUAAAUAUAUUGCUGUUAUUGGUACUUGUAAUUAGUUUUAAUUUAUUUAUUAAUUCAUUUUUAACUGUGAAACAACUAGUAUUGUAGUUUUUGUAUGACAAUGUAAUAAUUGCCUAAGAGCUUCAAAUAUUUGUAAAAUAUUCAUGUAAUAUUUAUUUCAAAAUACAAUUACGUCUUUAAUAAACCAAUUAAA